UUUAAAUGCGAUGUGCGCGCAUUCUACGUUUAUCAUAUGACAACCUGUCAAAAGAAGCAUUUGAUAGUCCUAAUAUUUAAGAUUUAUUAGACUUAAAUAAGUUUACAAUCUACCGCGUAGCUUAUCAUAGUGAAUAUUAAAAAUGACAGCAGAAUUAAGAAAAUUUCUUUAUGGGCUUUUAAGUAGUGUGGAAGGACUUCAUAGUAUACUGAUAACAGAUAGGGAUGGAGUACCUGUCAUAUCUGUAACUGAUGAUACGACACCUGAAUUAGCUAUGAGAGCAAGUUUCUUAUCUACAUUUGGCAUGGCAACAGAUCAAGGGAGCAAAUUGGGUUUAGGGAAAAAUAAAACAAUUAUAUGCAUGUAUAGUAGUUAUCAGGUAGUUCAGAUGAACAAAUUACCUUUAGUAAUAAGUUUUAUUGCGAGUCAUAAUUGUAAUACAGGCCAUAUUUUAUCUUUGGAAACUAAAAUUGAUCCAAUCCUAAGUAAUUUAAAAAAUGCAGUAGUGGAAGCCUGAUGGUUACCUGUUGUGCAUUACGGGUGAUAAAUACCAAAAGUUUGCACUUAAAUUUGACAAAAACUUGUAAGGAACAGAUGUUCUAUGAUGUUUUAAAUAAUGAUAUAAUAUGAUGAUAAUGAAUAAUAAUGAUAGGGAUAUUUUUCCCUAAUUUAUAAGAAACUGGAGGGUUACAUUCUUUCAUAAUUGUGUUUGAUUAGUUUCAUAUGACAUUUUAAAUAUCUAUCUAAAAAAAAGGAAGUAUCUCCUAAACCUUGCAAUGCAAAAUGCAAAAAAUAAAGAAGAAGAGGUAGAUACUACAAAUUUUUAUAAGUAGGAAACUAUUACAAGACAUCAGAGGCAUUUCAAUAUUUCCAAAAUAUAUUUGAUGAGCCAUUCGGAAAUUUUACAUAUAUAGGUAAUAUAAAUUUAUGUAAAAAGACGUGAUAUUAAAAUACAUGUUAUAUAUGUAUAUGUAUAUGUGUCAGUUAAUAUUCUUAAAUAUGCUAGGAAUAUAUCAUUGUAUCAUUAUAUUACUUCAAACAAAUAUAUAGUCUUAAAUUAUGUAA